AUGAGUGGCCCUAGUGGAACUGUGAGUGAUAUUGACCCACUUACUGAAGAAAGAGCGGGAAAAGUUAGAGAAGUUGGAUCUCAUGCUAUUUGGAGUCUGUCCUCUUGCAAGCCAAGUUUUGGAGUAGAUCAGCUUAGAGAUAACUGUAUGGAAACAUAUUGGCAAUCAGAUGGGCAGUUACCACACCUUGUAAAUAUUCAAUUUAGGAAAAAAACAACUGUUCAAGAUAUAUGUAUAUAUAUAGAUUACAAGUUAGAUGAAAGCUACACUCCUAGCAGAAUAUCUGUUAGAGCUGGUACUAAUUUCACAGAUUUACAAGAAGUUGAAGUGAUAGAUUUAAAUGAGCCAACUGGCUGGUUUCUAAUCCCAGUCAAAGACAUAAAUGACAAACCGAUUCGAACAUUUAUGAUUCAAAUAGCAGUAAUUAGUAAUCAUCAAAACGGAAGAGAUACUCAUAUGAGACAGAUUAAAAUUCACUCUCCAUUAGAAAAAAGAGGAAUGUCUCUUAAUGACAUAGGAGAUUUUACAACACAAUUUUGUCAAAUGUUUACAUCAGUUCGAUAA